GGAGCGGCGGCGGGCGCUGACCGGCCCCGGCCCCGGCCCCGGGCCCUCCGCGCCGCGAGAUCCCAGCCUGUCCUGUGCUAUGUGCAUUCAGCGUGACUUCUCCACGAGCAUUUGCAAAUGAAAAUGGAGGAUAUGUCUUUGUCUGGCCUGGAUAACAGCAAACUGGAGGCCAUUGCGCACGAGAUCUACACAGACCUAGUCGAAGAUGCCUGCCUGGGCCUCUGCUUUGAAGUCCAUCGGGCGGUCAAGUGUGGCUACUUCUUCCUAGACGACACAGACCCCGACAGCAUGAAGGACUUUGAAAUCGUGGACCAGCCCGGCGUGGACAUCUUUGGGCAGGUCUACAACCAGUGGAAGAACAAGGAGUGUGUGUGCCCCAACUGCAGCCGCAGUAUCGCUGCGUCCCGCUUCGCCCCCCACCUGGAGAAGUGCCUGGGCAUGGGCCGCAACAGCAGCCGCAUCGCCAACCGGAGGAUUGCGAGCAGCAACAACAUGAACAAGUCAGAGAGCGACCAGGAGGACAACGAUGAUAUAAAUGACAACGACUGGUCCUAUGGCUCUGAGAAGAAAGCAAAGAAGAGGAAAUCAGAUAAGAACCCCAACUCGCCCCGCAGGUCCAAGUCCCUGAAACACAAGAAUGGCGAGCUCAGCGGGAACCCCGACCCCUUCAAGUACAGCAACUCGGCAGGAAUCAGCUACGAGACGCUGGGCCCCGAGGAGCUCCGGACGCUGCUCACCACGCAAUGCGGGGUCAUCUCCGAACACACCAAGAAGAUGUGCACCAGGUCCCUGCGGUGUCCCCAGCACACGGAUGAGCAGCGGAGGUCGGUCCGGGUUUACCUCCUCGGUCCCUCUGCGUCCCUCCCCGAGGCAGAGGGCAGCGUGGAGAACGACAGCUUCGACGUGGCCGAGAGCCAGGCCAUCAUGAGCCGGCUCCAGUGGGACGGCUCCUCCGACAUCUCGCCGUCCGACUCGGCCUCCUCGAAAGCAAGUACCAACAACUCGGAGUCUCGCAAGACUAAGAAGAAAAAGCCCCACUUGGGGCUGGUGAGUGGUGCCCCGGGGCUCGGCUCCAGCAAGAAGAAGAAGCCGAAGCCGCCUGCGCCCCACACCCCCAGCAUCUACGACGACAUCAACUGAGCGCAGCGGAGCACGCCUCGCCGAUGGCGGGACGGACGGACAGAUGGCCACGGGCUGGGGCGGCCCCUCCUGCCCCGCAGCCGCUCCCACCUCGGCUGGGGCGGCCCCGCGGCUCGGCCACGAGCGGGUACCCGGGGCGCGGAGGAUGGAGGACUUGGCCGUCGCUGCAGGGGGUGGCAGGGCGCUGGGGAAGGGGGGGCUGGAUGUGGCCCUCCCCAUUAAUGCCCCCCUCCCCUUCCCCCAUCCUGCCUCCCUCCUGGUGCCUCUAUUUAUUCUGUAACGUAGUUUUUGUACGUGGGGUCUGAUCAGGGCUCGGGGUGGGGGGGGUGUCUUGCUCGGAGAUGGGGGCACAAACCCCCUUCCCUUUGCACCACCUACCCCAAAACAGGCUGCAGCUGCCUCCCACGCUCUCUCCCAGAGCACCCGUAGCCCAGCUUGGGGGGUGGGGGGAACUGGGGCAAGCUCAGAUCUCCAGGGCGGGUUGGGACCAGGCUGGUGGGGUGGGCGUUGGGGGCAGAUUUCCUCCUGCCCUAUCACUCUGGGGUCAGUGCCCCAGUCCGUGCACUGGGCUGGCUCAGGUUGGGGUGAGCGCCUCGAGGGAGCUUUUCCUCGCUCAGACCAGACAAGUGGGGACCCCCCCCCCAAACCCGGAUUCGGCUGCUGGCGGGCACUGGCCUUGCCCCACGUCUCGGCCGCCCUGGCCAAGGAUCUUGAGGGGGGUGUAGGGGGGGGGGAUCUGCAUGCUGCGUCCUUUGGGGUAUUUCCUUUGUGUUUGGGCCUGCUCGAGGGGGGCAGCGGGGGCCGCACGCGGUUGGGGAGGGCCGCUCUGGCGGGCCCUGCCCCGAACCAGCCCCUUUGGGGGGAAAGGGGGGACCCCGGUCUGCCGGGGGUGCCUGGCUAGGCUGGAAAACACGCUGUACCCCAGCUGGUCCGUAGAGCGGCGGGGGGAGGCGCAGCCCCCCUUUCGAGGCUGGUUUCUCCCCUCUGCCCGUCCUCAGGCUGGUGGCCCCCGGGCGGGUCGGUGCCCCCGUCCUCGUGUGCCUGGGGACCCGGCACUGCGGGCGGGAGCCGGGGCGGGGGGGGAACCUUUGGGUGUUCGUCUCCCGCCUCGCGUGGCCCGUGGGCUCCGGGCUCGGGCGCCCGCAGGGACGGGGCUCCCCGGGCGGCCUCCGUGCUGGGACCAGGGCUGGUCCCUCUGCUCCCUCGCUCCGCUGCCUCCGGCCGCGUCCGGGUCCCCGGCCCCACGCCUCUCGCAGCCUGGCUUUGCCCCCUCUCUGGCUGUUUUCCACCCGGGGCCGCGUCGGGAGUUUGCUCAGCUUGUGGCCCCAGGCCCUGCGUGUCCCCCCCCCCCGGCUGUCUUGCACCCGGACUUCGGCCGUAGCGUCCGUGGGGAGCUGCCCCCCUCCCCGUCUGCGCCCUCCCGGCGGAGGCAGCGUGGCCAGUUCUUUAGUUGGGUCUUGCAAAUUAUGGUGCUCUCGAUUCUGGAUUCACUUUUGUUUUAAAACUGCUGCUAAAGGAUAUUGCUAUGGUGGGGUGGGGGGGAGACGGGCAGCCCCGCAGAGCCCUGCGGCCCCCCCCCGCUCCCUCCGUGGGUCUGUGCCGCUGGGACCGUGCUGGGGUUGACCCCAAAUUGCUUGGGAAGGGGGGUGGGGGGAGGGGGCUAUUGCCAAAAGGGCUGCUCGGGGGCCCGGGUCCCGGCUGCAGCGGUCCCCACGCGGCGCCGUGGCCGCCCCAGCCCGCCGGCAGCGCGCGUAGCUGGCCUUCGCGUGCACCGGGGCCGGGCGCCCGCCGGCGCGGGCACCGCUCCGGCCCAGGCCUUCGACUGCUGCUUCACGCCUGGGGAGGGGACGGCGACCGCGGACAGCUUGGGGGGGGGGGGGGGGAACAACCCUCGGCCCGGGGAUGGAUGCACCGCUCCUGGCCACGGUUUGGGGUCCAAGGGGCUGGUGCAAGAGGGGGGGGCUGGCAGGGAGGGCGACGGUGUUGGAUGCGUCCCGGCCCCCCCCCCCCCCAUCGCCCCCCUCCCACCCCCCGGGUUCGUGUCCUCGCCCCUGCGGCAGGGCCAGCGCCAGCGGUCGCGUGGGGACGUACUGUACUGCGUGGGCUUGAGACUUAUUUUUGCAUACGUAAUCCAUCCUGUACAGGUAGUUGAGCCGUUGUAAGGUCUGUGUAUCCCAUUAGUGGGUUGUGGCUGCCCCUGUAAAUAAAACUGCAUCUUGACUUGGUA